AUGAGAUUGCUCAUUUUUCUAACUCUAAUUGUAACUUUUUUCUGGAAAAGUCUAGGAACAAAUGCUUGUCAAUCCGAUCUCCUCUUUCUAAUCGAUUCAUCCGGAUCUGUUCACGAGAAAUGGACUCUUCAACUUGAAAGCGUCUCAAAUAUCAUCUCAAAGCUUGAUUUAUUAAAUGAAAAAAUCUCUGUCAUCGUUUAUGCAUCAAAAAUGAAACAACGGACGAAAAUUCGUUUCGAUAACAAAUUGAAGACAGAAGAUUUGCAGAAAAUGAUAAAAGAGCUCCCAUUUUUCUCCGGAAUCACCGCAACGGGAGCUGCUUUGAGAUUCGCAAAAAAGGAAUUGGAAAAUCGACGAAAACAUUUGAAAACGAAUGUUGUUUUUGUGACCGAUGGAUUUAGUUACGAUAAUGUAACCGAGCCAGCAAAAGAACUGCACUCGUUGUCAGAUCUUCGCCUCUUCGCCAUCAGUGUCAAUGAGCCGAAUAAUCAAGAAGAUUUGGAAAUCUUGGCCGGCACUCCAGAACGAGUGUUGAAAGGGACAAAAGCGAGUGAUCGAUUGGUGGAAAUGAUCAGAAAUGAAUGCCAACCAAAGAUGAGUGACCAGCUCUCCACCAAGGAACCCACUGUGUCUCCACUCAAAAGCUGCAAAAAAUCUCAACAAAUUGACGGCUAU